CUUUACUGAAAUAGUACCAGUAAUAAUAAAAAUAAAACUAUCAAGAUGUUUAAAGUUGCAUUGUUUGUGAUUGCCUGCUUGGCUUUUGCUCAAGCUAGACCUCAAGCUGACAGCAAAAUUCUACGAUUCGACAACGAUGUAAGGCAAGAUGGAUACCAAUUUGGAUUUGAAACCAGCGAUGGAAUCCGUAGGGAAGAAAAUGGAGUCUUCCAAGCAACCUCUGAUGAAGAAGGUAUUCUAACUGUUAACGGUGAAUCAACUUACCCUCUUGGAGAUGGUCUUCCCUUCUACAUCUCCUUCGUUGCUGACGACAAAGGCUACAGGCCAAAAUACGUCAUCGGCCAAGGUGCUCCCGGUAAUUCCGGUGCUGCAAGAGUAGGUGUUUCAAGACCACUCAACUAAAAACUUUUUGUUAGUGCUUAUGUGAUUAUGUUUUAAUAAAAAUUUAUAAUUUUGUU